GGCAAAAAGAAUACACCUUUCUUCACUCCAGCAAUACCUCUUCGAGUCCCAAAACAGAUCCUUCGGACAUCAUGGCCAGCAAAGACAACGUCCUCUUCUCCGACAUCUUCGAUAUCAAGGACGUCGAUGGUGCAGGAAAAAAGUUCGACAAGGUCUCGCGUAUCAAUGCCCGCAGUGAGAACUACGAGAUGGAAUUAACGCUCGAUAUCAACAACGAGCUCUACCCUCUCGAAAUUGGCGAGAAGUUCUCACUUGUCCUUGCUACUUCCUUGUCCUUGACCACUACGGUCGGAAACGAUACCUCAGGAACUCAGGAGAGCUGGCGUGAGAAGGUCGGUGGCGAGAGAACCUUGGCCGAUGACUAUGAAUAUGUCAUGUAUGGAAAGGUCUACAAGUACGAUGAGGGUCAGGGAAGCAAAGUCUCGGUUUACAUUUCAUAUGGUGGUCUUUUGAUGUGCUUGGAAGGCGAUUUCAGACACUUGCAGAACAUCAGCUUGGGCGAGAACUUGUACCUGUUGAUGCGCAAGUAGACGAGGGCUCCAUCCAUUCCUCCCUUUCAACACCAACACUAGCACACUCAUCAUACACUCAACACCACCGAGAAUUCAUAAUAAACCACUGGAAAUCAACGCAUAUCAGAUGAACUUUGUUGUUCUAUCUGGACGCAAAAUACUAUAUCUAUUUUAACCAGCU